AUGUUGGGCGCAAUGGAACUAAAUAUUCUGAGAUCGAUAUGCAUUCCCAACGGGUUGAUUGAAGGGUUCACCGAUUCUCCGCCCCCGACGAAACGCUCUCUCAAGCUACUGGCCAACUCUUCGCCUUCGUCUCCCCAAACCGCACUUGCCACCACCCCAGACGCAUCAGACCUCGCCGCCGCCGUCGCUUCCACAAAUCUCUCCCUCGGUGUCCUUCGUGCUCGUACACUCAAGCCAGGCAACGUCCUUCCUCUCCGUCUCAUCCCAGCUGGCGCCCUCAUCCAUGCCAUCUCCCUCUCCCCGGUCGGCCGAGCCUCGCUCGUCCGUUCAGCAGGAACCUUUGCUCAAGUCGUCGCCCACGACGAAAAGGGCCUCUGGACCCAGGUUCGACUCCAAAGCGGUGAAGUGCGCAACAUCAUGCAGCGAUGCGUCGCUACCAUUGGCAAGGUCAGCAACCCCGACUGGAAACACCGCAACCUGGGCAAGGCAGGACGCAGUAGGUGGCUAGGCCACCGUCCACACGUCCGUGGUGUGGCCAUGAAUGCAUGCGAUCACCCCCAUGGAGGAGGUCGUGGAAAGUCCAAGGGAGGAAAACAUCCGCGCUCUGUCUGGGGCUGGCUUACCAAGGGGCGUCGCACCCGCCGGUCCUCCGAUCGGGAUGGGAAUAAGUUUGUGGUCAAGGAGCGACCUCGUGGUGUUCAGCGGAAUAACUGA